AAAUAAAAAAGAUUUUGUGGAGCUUGACGUGGGGACCACCUAUCUUCCCUGUGAAAGUCAAAAGAUCGUAAUUGUGAAUUCUAAUCAAGAAGAGAUCUAAAACCUAAAACCCUAGCUCUGCCAAUUCGACGAUCAUCACAUUAUUGAACAACCUGCAGAUUUCGCAUUAUUGAGGAGGCUACUAAUUCUGAGGAUUUAUCAAUGGCAGUGCCAGUGGUAAGGUUUCCGAUUUUCUUAUUGGUGAGAGUAAUCGGAAUUGCGGUGGCAGCGUUGGUGUUGAUUUGGAAUGUCCAUUACAGAGGAGGGUUAGCACUCAUCUCUGACAACAAAGCUCUCAUCUUUAACGUUCAUCCUGUUUUAAUGGUUAUCGGCCUUGUCCUUCUAAAUGGUGAAGCGAUGCUGGCGUACAAGACAGUCUCAGGAACAAAGAGCUUCCGGAAAUCAGUUCAUCUUGUCCUGCAGUUCUUGGCUUUCUUUUUGAGUCUAAUUGGUCUAUGGGCUGCUUGGAAGUUUCAUAAUGACAAAGGAAUCGACAACUUUUACAGUCUUCACUCAUGGUUGGGCUUAUUUUGCCUUUUUCUAUUUGGCGUCCAGUGGGCUGUCGGUUUUGCAACUUUCUGGUAUCCAGGUGGUUCAAGGAACAGCAGAGCGACUCUUCUACCAUGGCAUGUCUUUUUUGGCAUCUAUAUAUACGCCCUUGCUAUUGCUACCUGUGCUACUGGCUUCUUAGAGAAAGCUACAUUCCUUCAAGCAAGCCACAUAAUCUCACGCUACUCCACCGAGGCAUUGCUAGUGAACUGUUUGGGUGUCCUGACUGUUGUUUUGGGUGGAUUGGUUAUUCUCGCUGUCGUCUCUCCUAUGAAUGGAAGAAGUGACAUUAUAAGAGGACCAGCAGAAUAAACACUAGUACUCGAUGUGUAUUUGAAACUUCAAUUUUGAGAUAAGAGGUUAUAUCAAACUUCAUGUAUGGAAGGGUUUAAGAAAAUGUUUAUUAAACUCAAGAUAUAUGAUCAGGUAACAUUAUGGAGUAGUGCAUUUUCUCAAGUUGAUGAAUAUUUAUUCUCUAACUCAUAUCAUAUAUGACAAUUCUUCUA